UCACACUUAAGUUAAGAAUGCCGUGAUAUUUACUGGAAUAGAUAGACUACAAACUUUUUCAUUCCUCAUCUUGAACAAUCGAGCUCGGUUUUCUGUUAAAUUGUGUCAUGCAGACUCUAUGUGAAUGAAAGUCAAAGUUACAGCCUUCAUCGACGGGGAGGAGGAUUACAGGAAAGUGAGCUGAGACUCAUCACUCUCCGUCCAGCCUCCAGGCGCCCUCCACUCUCUGCUGUGCGCUCCUCGGGGCAGGAAAUGGAGAAUAAAAUAAGCGGCAGGAUAAGCACCGUUAGCUCCUCGAUGGCGGAUUCCACUGAUACGAGAGUAAGUGACUUGAUCGAAGCUGUGUAUAGUAAUAAUAAAUUAUCGAAUGACUCACAGCCUCUAACUUGCAUGCCCUCAUCCUUGCGUAAUUUUGGAAACGCUGGCACACUGGUCCAUGGCGCCAACUCCUCUAACGAAGACGCAGCUUUCAAAGACUGUACCAUUCUCGAUGGCUCACACGCUGAAAAGCAUUUUUAUGACCGUGGCAGUGACUUUCUGAAGUGUGACAGUGUUCAGUGGGAAGAUCUGUUGAAUGUUCCGAGGACUAGUGUAGCCACAGAUGAAAGUUUACCAUACGCAAGUAUAAGUCUCUCCACGACAGCUGGUGCUUGUAAGUUCAUCAAAGACGAGCAGGAGCACUCUGUGAUCAUGGGGACCCCCUCUCCAAACUUUGAUCCAUCCACGGAGAUCCCUGCUCUGGACUCCUGCUGUGACAGCGACAGGAAGCAGCAGCUUGGCUUCAGAGAAGGAGACUCGACAAGCUUCGCGCCUGGAGCAGCAGCGGCUCCUCGACAGGGGCUGGGGGGAUCUCCAAACUUUCUGAUCGACCUGAACCAGCCGGAGCAGCUCCCGGCGCUGAGCCAGGGGAGGACAGACUCCAGAUGCAGUCUGCCAGGAAAGACUGCCAUCCAGGUUGAUGGCAACACGCACACGUCCUCACAGAUGACGAUGUUUAAGAGCGAGGUUCCUCGUUGGCAGGUGCAGGCGUCCCCUCCGGAGUCUCAGUACUGGUGCCAGUCUGCAGGGGUGACCGAGGAUCCGUUUACACAUGCAGGCUAUGAUGCUAUCCAGAACCAGGUCCUGACUCAGAGGAACCCUUCACCUUUCAACUCAUUCCCUGGGAUGCCACCUCAGAGGAUUUGUGUGAUCUGUGGUGAUGAGGCGUCUGGUUGUCAUUAUGGAGUGUUAACCUGUGGGAGCUGUAAAGUCUUCUUUAAAAGAGCCGUUGAAGGCCAUCAUAGUUAUCUCUGUGCUGGGCGAAAUGACUGCAUUGUGGACAAAAUCCGGAGGAAAAACUGCCCUGCCUGCCGCCUUCGGAAGUGUUAUCAAGCUGGAAUGAUGCUAGGAGGUAGGAAGCUGAAGCGGUUCGGGGCCUUGAAAGCUUUGGGUCUGCCCCCCUCCCUGAUGUUCCAGUCUCACUUGGCCAUGUCCGGAGACAACCAGACCUUGACCUCCAUGUCUUGCUUACCAGGCGUCCGUGAGGUGCAUCUCUCCCAACAAAUCAUCAAUAUCCUAGAAAACAUCGAACCGGACGUUGUGUACUCCGGUUAUGACAGCUCCCAGGUCAAUGUUCCCCAUCUCCUGCUCAACAGCCUCAACAGGCUGUGUGAGAAACAGCUGAUGUGGAUCGUCAAGUGGUCCAAGUCUCUGCCAGGGUUUCGUAAUCUCCACAUCAACGACCAGAUGACCCUGAUCCAGUACUCGUGGAUGAACCUGAUGGUGUUCUCUCUGGGAUGGCGCUCCUUUCAGAAUGUCACCAGAGAAUAUUUAUACUUUGCUCCUGAUCUGGUUCUCAGUCAGGAGCAAAUGAGGAGAUCUCCGAUUUAUGACCUCUGCCUGGCUAUACAGUUCAUCCCUCAGGAGUUUGCCAAUCUUCAAGUCACCCGGGAGGAGUUUCUCUGCAUGAAAGCACUCAUUUUACUCAACACAGUGCCUCUGGAGGGACUAAAAAGUCAGGCAGCAUUUGAAGAAAUGAGACAAACUUACGUCCGGGAGCUGACCAAGGCUAUCCACAUGAAGGAGAAGGGCCUGGUGGCCAGCUCACAGCGAUUCUACCACCUUACCAAGCUGAUGGACGCUAUGCAUGAUAUAGUCAAGAAGGUCAACCUGUACUGUCUGAGCACCUACAUCCAAGCAGACGCCAUGAAAGUGGAGUUUCCAGAGAUGAUGUCAGAGGUCAUUGCCUCCCAGCUCCCCAAGGUCCUGGCAGGCAUGGUGAGGCCGCUCUUAUUCCACUCCAAGUGAUGAAACAAGCACAGACGUCAGAGCUCUGCAGAGACAUCUUGUUACUGGAUUACUGGCCUUUCAAUUACUGGAUUCCUCAUAGCCUUCACCAUCAUAGUUCAUGUCUGCCAGUCUGCCUCUGAUGGUCUUUAGUCACUUUAUUUUAUCAAGCCUACAACAUGCACAUUUUCAUCUUUUUAGUCUGUUUACUUUUCUGAAUCUAGAGGCAUUAAUCAAUAAAGCUCAUCUGUUCAACUUUGGUGUAGCCACACUUUACCAUCCUCUAACCUUUGUACAGAUGGUACCUAUUAGCUGACACACAGAAGGUAACGAGAACCUUCAACAAUAAAGGUAUGUUUGUACUGUAGCUACAAAAAUACUCACAAAGAAUUCAGAUAACUGGCACCAAUAUUUCAUUCCUACAACCAAAAAAAGAAAGGAGACAAUAAAACCUGAAUCUAUUAAAACUGUUUUCAGGGUAGCAUUCAAGAGACUCACAGUACAUACUGUACUUCAGGGAGGAGAAACUGGGAAGAUGACUAGCUUUAACAAGCAAAAAUAAUCUUACCGUGUGCCUCAUUUGAAACAAAUCAGUGCAUCUCUCUCUACCUAAACAGCACAAUGCCUUAAACGUAUCAUUUUCAUAAUAGAGCAAUUUUUAGGAAAUGAUAUUGGUAUCGGCAUGCAUGUAAUGAUAACCAUCAAUGGCAUACAUAGAACAAAUCUAAGAAGAAAGGGAAUUUUUCAAAAUGUCCCAUAUGACAAAAAAGAUUAAGAAUUGAGAAAUCCUUGUAAAUUCAUAAAUCAGUGUAUACUUGGGGUGUAACGGUUCAGUUUGUGGCUCAGUUUUAGGGUGACAGUUUGGUUUGGGUUUAGUUUGAUGGAGAACCAAACUGCUCCACAAAACAAAUAGUUUCCUAGACUAUUUACAUUUCUAAACAGAGGGGGGCAGUAUGGAGUCUUGAAAUGAGUUAGCAUUUUAGCACCGCAGUUCCAUCAUCUUCACAUCUAUGGGAUUUCUGAAUGAGUUUUCUGUAAGAUGCCCAAAAUAAAGCCUCUGGCAAACACAUUUGGAAGUGUAUUACAUUCACAUGAAAGAAUAAAGCUUUGCUAAUUUUCAGAGUUAGUAACAUCAGUGUCUUGGAAUAACGGGAAAACUUUAGUGAGAAAAAAAAGGCCGUUCUGCUCGUUUUUUCUGCUCUAAGUAAAAAAAAUAAAAAUAAAAAUAAACUGCCAAUAAUCGAUCCAAAAAAUCCCAGUUGAGGCAGAAGCUUUCAUUCACAUGUGAAUGCUACAAUAGAGCAGAAGCUCUCAUGCAGGUUUCAAUGAGGCAUACAUGGUCCAACUGUCUAGUUGGAUCCAGUUUUAUUUCUGUUUGGGUUUGAAACAUUGAUGACACUCAUGUAAAAGUUCAUUUUAGAGGGUGAGUCCAAUUAUCAUCAACUGCAUGCAUGUGAGAGCUUCAGUAUCAGCUGGAAUUUUUGGCAAGAAAAGAGAAAAAGCACAGAAAAACAGAGCAUAAAUGUAUAUAUAUAUAUAUAUAUAUAUAUUUUUUUUUUUACAAGAAUGUAUCUUGUAAUUCCAAGAUAGGGAUACCAGUAUAUAAGCAGAACAGAGCAAGGUUUUAUUUUUUUCAUGUGAAUGCACUGUGCUUCCUAAUUUGGAGGUGAAUAACUGAAAAGCAGAGAAAAAAUAAGUCAGAGUAAGAAGGAAAAAAACAAAACGGUUAAAAAAACCUCGGCACAAGUGAUCUCAGAAUUCCUGAGUUUAAUCACAAUUAAUUUCACCUUGUUACAUUUUGAAAUUCCACUGUUUUGCAGUUUUGUCUUAAACUAAGAGGGACUGACCUCCUGUUUAGUGCAGACCUGCUUUUAUUUUGAAAAAAGGGGCUGUGGGCAGAUUAAAAACAAUGACAUGAACUUAACAAUGGAAAAAUGAGCUUGUUAUGCAUUGAAAAGGAAAUAGGGAACAAUAAAACGGUAAAUGUUUGAUGACAUAAUGUGCAGAUGACUUUUGAUUUAUAUUCCAAAUAAGUUCAUAUUGUCUUCACAAACUAUAAAUUUUUGUUUCCUUAUUGUCAGACAAGUAGUUUUGUUACCCUGACAUGUUUCGACUGCUAAUUUCCUGCAGUGUUCUUCAGAAGAGUCUCGUGAUGUUCGUGAUGC